AUGUUUCGGUCCAUCCCCACAUCAACUGUCUUUUACCCAAGUGAUGGGGUUGCAAUGGAGAAGGCAGUGGAAUUAGCAGCUAAUACAAAGGCCGUCUGCUUCAUCCAGACCAGCCGCCCAGAAAAUGCCAUCAUCUACAACAACGAGGAUUUCCAAGUUGGACAAGCCAAGGUGGUCCUGAAGAGCAAGGACGACCAUGCGACGGUGAUUGGGGGUGGGGUGACCCUGCAUGAGACCUUUGCUGCUGCUGAGCUGCUGAAGAAAGAGAAAAUCAACAUCCGGGUGCUGGAACCCUUCACCAUCAAGCCCUUGGACAGAAAACUCAUCCUUGACAGUGCCGGGGCUACCAAGGGCAGGAUCCUCACAGUGGAGGACCACUACUACGAAGAUGGCAUAGGUGAGGCAGUGUCCACUGCAGUAGUGGGAGAGCCUGGAGUCCUGUCACCUGCCUGGCUGUUGCCCAAGUACCAAGAAGUGGGAAGCCAGCUGAGCUGCUAA